GGUGUCAGCUUUUUCUGCUGCUUUCAAGCAAAUGAUGGGGUGCUAAAAGAAUUUUGAGCGCCAUGUUUUUACUUGAAAAUGCCCUUAUCGUGAGAGGAAAGGGAGUCGAACUCUGUUAGUUGUUUGUCUGCAACACGAUAUGUCCGCGGCGAUGCUCAGCACCACGCCCAGUAAGCUCAAUGUAUUGGUCAACAGACUGCACGAGUACCUAGCUCAGUCCACUGUCGAGGAUGGCAAUGGCUCUCCAAACUCACGGGAUGCUGAUGGUCUGCCAAACAGGAGUUCUUUGGGAAACUUGACAGGUCACGCUGAGACAGAGGCUGGAUUGGAUACCAGAUUCUCAAGAAGAAAACCAUCUGUAGUAAUAAAACACUCUGGACUAGAUGAAUCUGGGGACUCGGAGGCAAGUGAGGAAGUGGAUUUACCAAUCAACACAAAUGGCCAUCUCGAUGUCUCUAGAUUGCCCAAAGGCACUGUGCUGGUGAGGCCUGAAGCUGUUGAAAAUGGAAGAGAUGAUUUCAGGGGUCCAGAGUUUCGCAGCCGAAAACCUGGUGUUCUGCGGAAAGAGUUUCCGAAAAGACGUGGGGGUGAACACAUGGAAAUUGUCAGUUGCACAGCAUGUGGCCGACAAGUUAACCACUUCCAGAGAGAUUGCGUCUUUCGACAUCCCGCUCUGAAAGUCCUCAUUUGUAAGUCUUGCUACAAGUAUUACCUAAGUGACGACAUCAGUAAAGAUGGGGAUGGUAUGGACGAGCAAUGCAGAUGGUGUGCUGAAGGGGGCAAUCUGAUCUGUUGUGACUACUGCAGUAAUGCCUUCUGCAAGAAGUGUAUUCUAAGAAAUCUGGGAAGAAAGGAGCUGUCAAGCAUCCUGGAAAGCAAAUGGUACUGCUACGUGUGCAGCCCAGAGCCCCUUUUUGACCUGGUAGUGGCCUGUGACAACAUCCUGGAGAGCAUGACGAGUAUUUGGCAACAGCAGCGAAAGAGGAAUCGAGUAGGGCCAGAGAAAUCUGAACUUUACAGCAUGUUGCCAGACUUAACACAAAACAUUUCCCUGGAUAAAUGGGAUCACACCGGUAUGGAUGGUAACGUUGUGUUCAAUUAUAACACACUCCAGGUUUCCAAGGAGAUCACCAAAAAAGCCAAACAUAUGGUGGACUCUACAAACAUCUUAAACCGAACUUUUGUCAAUUUUAUUCAUACUGUGACGAGGAGCAAACAAACACCUGGAGUUCGCAAUCUGUACUUGAACUCUUUUUUGUCCGUUGUGAAAGGUUUGCGAAAAUCGCUGUCAGCACUCGAGGACAGCCUGAAAGAAGAGUUUAGUGACCUUGAUCUCGUAAGCUGUUGGGAAAAGUUCUUCAGUGACGACAUUGACGCCCAGUCUGUACCAGCUGCAGAUGCAGAGCUGGAUGCCUCCGAUGAAAGAUGCUUGGGUGUCUUGCAGAAACUGGCAUCUGAACAUCUAGAAGAAGAUGACUCUGACUCAAAGGGCUUCACAGAUGGAAGAAACACCUGUGACUGCCGUGAGGAGGAUUCACAUGAAGCACAAAAUGAUGGUCAGGAGCCAUCUGAAAGUGAGGUUGAUGUGUCUAAAAAACUUGUAGUGAAAUUAUCACCAAUGCCUAUGGAGGAGGAGCCACCAGCUGACAGCCCAAAGAUGGAGGAGGACAGCCACAUGAAAGAUAACAAUUCAGAGGAAAAGGUUGAAUCAGAAGAUGAAGAGACAAGUGUGGUUGGUAAUGCAGCUGACAGCAAAAUUGGCAAUGACAACUCCAGUGCAUCUCCGCACUUAGAAGAAGAACACGGCAACAGAAGAUCUCCCCGUGUGAAGACAACCCCUUUGCGCAGGCAAAGUGAUGUUAAGGUAAAACCAUCUCUUUCAGCUGCUGAGAGCGACAGUGAUACUGACCCUGAGGAAGCCUCCAGCGCAGUACCAGCCAAAAACCCUGAGGAACAAAGUCUAAGCAGAGAAAGGGAUGACUCUGACUCAGAUGAAGUCCCUGCAGCCCUGCUUGAGCGAGCAGCAGUAUCGAACAGCUCUGAUGAUGCUCCGAGUGAUGAGGAUGGUGGAAAAACAUCUACUAAAGUGGCGAAGAAAUGUCUCUUUUGGCUCACUAAGACCACUCCACUCUCACCAGAGAAAAUCCGCCGCAAACGCAAGAUGCUUGACCGGGGUUCUCCUGAGCCUGACACACGGGACCAAAGAGUAAAACCUCGAAGGGAAAGCAGGACCGAUUCCUCCAGCGAUGAUCAAGACUCCAAGAAGGAAAUAAAGCAACUGAACACACUGCGGUCGAUAGGAAAGCCUCACCUUGCUAAAAGAGAGGAUGAAGGUGUGGCUAGGAAGCAGUGCAGUUUACGAGCUGAGAAGUCAAAGUCUAAAUCUCCUCGGAAAGUAAUGGAGUCAUCUUCUUCAUCCAGUGAAGAUGAUCAUGUUGAGGACUCAGAGAGUGAUGCAAGUGAUCAGAAGAUGAAGCCAAUCACAGAGGACAUGGCCUCACUGGGAGGAGCAGCUUUCCACCAGUCGUCAGGAGACGAGGAGCAGUCUGGGCCCUCUUGGGCAGCAGAAGAUGAUGAUGAUCCAGAAAAUAGAAUCGCUAAGAAAAUUCUGUUGGCCCAAAUCAAAGCCAACUACUCCUCGGAUGAUGAUAUCUCUUCAGAUGAGGAAACGCAGGAUGAUGAAUCAGAGCUGGAGGUCAGCCAGGAAGACAAACAGCAGAGCGAAGAUGAAAACACUGAUAAAAAUGGGGAAGACUCGACUUCAGAGCUGUCUGACACCACAUCUGAAAAGCAGGGCUCCAGGCACCAUCUACUCCAUCACAAACUCACCUUAGAUGAGGGAGCAUCAGGUGGCAAGGCGGAAGCAGAGAGUGGAGAAAGAAAGCAGAAAAAGAAAAGAGCGCUUACCUCUGAAAGUGAGAGUGAUGCUGGAAGUGCCGACUCAGAUCCUGAAGAUGGGAUGAGCGAGGAGCUGAGUCUGUCUGAGGAAGAAGCAGGUGGAGACGAGCUGAAGAGCUCCAGACUAUCCAGUAAUAAUAAGGACUUCAGCAGUCAAGAACAGAAAAACAAAGUGCCCUGCAUUUUGUUAUCCGACUCCAGCUGUGACAAGAGUGACAGAGACGAUGCUGAAAAAGAAGAGAGGGGUGACAUUAAAGGAACCCCCAAAGGACGCAAAAAGAUCCGCAAAAUCAUUGAAGACCAGAAUCUAUGCAAAGAAACCCAGGAAGCUCUCAGGGAGGAAGAAGAAAGAUGCCAACGGCUAGCAAGCAGGGAGAAACAGCUGGAGGAGAUGAGAGAGAUCAUCGUAAUAGAGGAUGAGCUGUCUCAAGUGGUCUGCCCCAUCACCACUAAACUGAUCCUGGAUCAGGAUGAGGAGACCAAAGAGCCUCUUGUUCAGGUGCACAGGAACCUGGUGACAAGACUGAAGCCUCACCAGGUGGACGGGGUUCAGUUCAUCUGGAACAGCUGCUGUGAGUCUGUCAAGAAGGCCAACUCCACUCCUGGAUCAGGCUGUAUACUGGCACACUGCAUGGGCCUGGGAAAAACUCUGCAGGUGGUAACUUUCCUCCACACGGUGCUGCUGUCAAAGAACCUGAAGUUCCACUGUGCUCUGGUUGUGUGUCCACUUAAUACAAUCCUCAACUGGGUCAAUGAGUUCAAGAAAUGGCAAGAAAACUUGGGGCAGGACAGAGUCAAGGUAACAGAAAUGACGACAGUAAAACCUCAAGAACGGGUCUUCGCUCUGCUGAGGUGGCAGAGAGACGGAGGGGUCAUGAUCAUGAGCUAUGAGAUGUACCGCAACCUGUCAUUGGCUCAGAAAAUCAACAACAUGGAGGAAAAGAAGAAAUUAAAAGGCAUACUGGUGGAUCCAGGUCCAGAUUUUGUUGUUUGUGACGAAGGCCACGUCCUACGUAACCAAGUCUCAAACAUCUCCAAAUCUAUGAAUUCAAUCAAGACUCGACGAAGAGUGGUGCUGACUGGAACACCGCUACAGAACAACCUGAUAGAGUACCACUGCAUGGUGAAUUUCAUCAAGAAGAAUCUUCUGGGCUCUCUGGGGGAGUUCAGAAACCGUUUUAUCAACCCCAUACAGAAUGGCCAGUGUGCUGACUCCACACCAAAAGACGUCCGGAUCAUGAAAAAACGAGCUCAUGUACUUCAUGCUAUGUUGGUCGGAUGUGUGCAGAGAAGGGAUUAUUCUGAGUUGACUCAGUUUCUACCUCCAAAACAUGAGUACGUGCUGGCAGUGAGGGUUACCCCACUUCAGUGUCAGUUGUACCGUUUCUACCUCGAACACAUCUCUAAGGUUGGAUCAGUAACAGACAAAGCAAAGGUGAAGAUUGGAGCAAACCUGUUCAAGGACUUCCAGGUGCUCAGCAAAAUCUGGACUCAUCCAUGGUGCCUUCAGCUCAGCAAAGACAAAAAGGAACUUUUUGGAAAGAAGAACAAAGUUAAAGCUGCUGCUCAGCUGAGAAAUGGAGAAAAAUCUGUAGCUGAUCGUGCUGUGAUCCAAAAUGAAGGAAAUUUUUGGAAUAUCAGUCACAGCAGUGCAGCGGUCACCUUUAAUGUGUUCAGUGGAGUGCCGAUUCUGGAAGGAGAGAAACAAACCACUGGCUCAAGCUCUGAGAGUCUGAACGGAAGCUGGUUCAGCAGUCUGCUGUCAGAACAAGAUGCCAAAGUCAUGGAGCACUCAGGGAAAUUGUUGCUUUUGUUUGAGAUCCUCAGGAUGGCUGAAGACCUUGGAGACAAAGUGCUUGUGUUCAGUCAGUCCUUGAUUUCACUGAACCUGAUAGAAGAUUUCCUUCAGAUCUCUCACCGGGCACGAGAACACCCAUCGUCCAAAGCGGGCAGUUGGAUCAAGAAUGUCGAUUACUAUCGUCUUGAUGGUUCCACUUCCUCUGCUUUUAGGAAGAAAUGGGCAGAUCAAUUCAAUGAUACCGCUAAUGUCCGUGGCCGAUUGUUUCUCAUCUCAACCAAAGCUGGCUCACUUGGUAUCAACCUGGUUGCUGCUAACAGAGUCAUCAUCUUUGAUGCCUCAUGGAAUCCUUCCCAUGACAUACAGAGCAUUUACAGGGUGUACCGUUUCGGUCAGCUCAAACAAGUGUUCGUCUACCGCUUCUUGGCUCAGGGCACCAUGGAGGAGAAGAUCUAUGAUCGUCAGGUGACCAAGCAGUCUCUGUCCAAUCGAGUGGUGGAUCAGCAGCAGAUUGAGAGGCACUUCACCCUUUUUGAAUUGACUGAACUUUACACAUUCGAGCCGGACCUUCUGGAUGACCCAAACUCUAAGAAGACGAAACGAAGCAGCCCCAUGUCACCAAAGGAUAAAGUCCUGGAACAGCUGUUACAAACAUGUAAGGACCAGAUAGUUUCUUUCCAUGAGCACGAAUCUCUGCUGGACCAUAAACAAGAGGAGGAGCUUAGUGAGGCAGAACGCAGAGCUGCCUGGGCUGAAUAUGAGGCCGAGUCAAACAACACCAAAGUUCCUGUCAAUUCAAACAUGGACUUGGAAAAUAAUACCAAUGCACAGCUCUUGGAGCUACUGAACAAGACCAGAGAGAAGGUAUCAAUGUCCUUCCUGUCCUUACAGAGGAUGGUGCCUCACAGUAUCGACGACUACAUGUCACGACUGCGGCAGCAGUAUCCUCAGCUGCUUGAGGCCGAGAUCUUUACCAGAGCUCACUCUUGGAAACUGUGUGAUGAGAAAGAGCAGCAGCGCCUACAGGCCUUUUAUCGUGAAGUUCUCGCACAGCAACAAACACUCACGCUCCGCAUUCAGGCCAUCCUUAACAGACGAAGGCUGCAGGAGAUGCCAGGGACUGUUAACAUGGGGAACCAGCAGGGACAGGCUUGAACAAGAAACUCAGGCUUUUGUAGAACAAGAAAGGAGUGCCUUUGUUUUUUACCUCACUGCUACUUUAGUGAACUGAAUGUAUGUUAUCACUAGAGAGCAGCUAUGCCAUUGAAACAAAAUAACAGCAGCAGAUUAUCAUGUUUAUUUGACCAUAUUUCUAGGACAUCAUAGGAAUGUUCACACAGUUUUGUUUUGUCAAACUUGAAGCACUUUAGCAAAACAAACAAAAAAAAAAGGUUUAUAGUGAGUUCUACAAAUGCUCUUUAGAAAGUCUUUUCUCACACUCUUUAAGGAAGUAGUUGUUCGGCUGCUUCAUGGCAAAAAGAAGUGCAAACAUCAGUGUGAUGUUCCCACACUGAAUGUUAAAUUAAAUUACC